CAGAGUUUAGCUCUAAUGUUUAGUGCUUGGAAAGGAAGGUUAUCUGACAUUUCAAGUUGUCUUAUCAUUCUUGCUAGGCAUAUUGUGAAUCGGAUUAUGAACUUACAUGCUCCAGAAUGGUCUGGUGAGGUUCGAAACAUAACGUAUUCGGCUGAUGGCAAGUCUGUGUCUGUUGUUUACCGUGUCACGCUGUAUGGGACUGAUGCUGAGAUAUACAAGGAGUCAACAGGUACUGCUCCUGUAAACGAUGCAGGCUAUGGAGAUCCAGUGCAGAAGGCAGAAGCAAUGGCAUUUCGUCGAGCUUGUGCUCGUUUUGGUCUGGGGCUUCAUCUCUAUCACGAGGAUGUGUUAUAGCCAAGCAAC